AUGACAGCAGUGAAUUCAGAUGUAGGAAAUUUAUUUUUCUUAUAUGGUUAUGGUGGGAUUGGAAAAACAUAUUUGUGGAAACUUUUGUCAGCUGUUAGAGCAAAGGGAAUGAUUGCACUUAAUGUAGCUUCAAGCGGCAUUGCAUCUUUAUUUCUUCCUGGAGGUAAAACUGCUCAUUCUACAUUUUGCAUACCACUUGCAAUCAAUGAUGAAUCAACAUGCAACAUCAAUCAAGGAAGUCUUCGUGCCAAACUAUUGAUGGAAACAAAACUUAUCAUAUGGGAUGAAGCUCAUAUGAUGAAUAAGUUAUGUUUCCAAGCUUUUGAUAGAACAUUGAGAGACAUUAUGAGAGCUACAAAUGAAGAUAAUGCUGACAAACCAUUUGGUGGAAAGGUUGUUGUCUUGGGCGGUGAUUUUAGACAAAUCUUGCUAGUAGUAAGAAAGGGAUCAAUGUAUGAUAUUGUGAAUUCAUCAAUUAAUUACUUUGAUUUGUGGCAAUAUUGCACAGUUCUUAGGCUAUCACAAAACAUGAGGUUAAAAUGUGCUGUUUCAAAUGAAAGUGCAAUACAUAUAAAAGAAUUUGCUGAUUGGAUUCUUAAAAUUGGAGAUGGAAAUAUGAAUUUCAAUGAAAGUGGUGAAGCCAACAUUUCAAUACCAACAGUUCUUCUAAUUCCAGAAAGAAUUCCAAAUCAUAGGAUUAAAUUGAAAGUUGGUGUACCAAUUAUGCUUUUAAGAAACAUUGAUCAAGCAAAUGGUCUUUGCAAUGGUACAAGGUUGCAAGUUAAUGAUUUGGGAAAGAAUGUUAUCUCUGCUACUAUCAUAAUAGGGAAAAAUGUUGGUGACAAAAUUUUCAUUCCAAGAAUGAACUUGACACCUUCUGAUUCCAGCAUUCCGUUUAAAUUUCAAAGGAGGUAUGCUGCUAUGGCUGCUAACAGGAGGAGAAAGAAUGGAAACGACGCUGAUGACAUCGUAGAGGCUAUUCAUCGCAUGGUGGAUGUGAUGCAGCCGUCGGUAGCAGCGCAUCCCACGACAGUGAUUGUGCCGGUCAAGGUGCCAAAUGUGGAGGAUUUUUUGUGA